AUGGCCGAGAUUCGACGAAAGCUUGUUAUUGUCGGUGACGGCGCCUGUGGAAAGACGUGUCUGCUCAUCGUCUUCUCAAAGGGCACUUUCCCCGAGGUCUACGUCCCCACUGUUUUCGAAAACUAUGUCGCCGAUGUCGAGGUGGACGGCAAGCACGUAGAGCUUGCCCUUUGGGAUACUGCUGGCCAGGAAGAUUACGACCGUCUCCGCCCUCUCUCCUACCCCGACUCGCACGUCAUCCUCAUCUGCUUCGCCGUCGACUCGCCUGAUUCUCUCGACAACGUCCAGGAAAAGUGGAUCUCCGAGGUCCUGCACUUCUGCCAGGGGCUUCCCAUCAUCCUCGUUGGAUGCAAGAAGGACUUGCGCUUUGACCAGAAGACGAUUGAGGAGCUGCACAAGACCUCGCAGAAGCCCGUCACACCCGAGCAGGCCGAGGAUGUCCGCAAGAAGAUUGGCGCCCAGAAGUACCUCGAGUGCUCAGCCAAGACAAACGAGGGUGUCAGGGAAGUGUUCGAGCAUGCCACCCGCGCUGCUCUGUUGACCAGGAAAGAGAAGAAGACCAAGAAGUGCUUGAUCUUGUAA